CGCCGCCGUGGCCGCGGCCGUAGGGCUCCGCGCGCGACAAGCCAUGAGUGGGGACCCCGCCGUGCCCGGCCGCCGCUGAGCCCCGCCCGAGGCAGCUCGCCGCUCCCGGCACCUUCUCCCGCCGGCGCCCGCGCGCGCAAGAUUAAUGUGGCUGCUUAUGAUUAAACUUAGAGUUCUGGAAUGCAGAUGUUCAAUGAAGUAACACACAUAUAAGGGUUUUGCUGUGCAAUUCAGGCUGGCCUUGAACUCACUUUGUACCCCAGGCUGGCCCUGAACUCGCACUGAUCCUUCUGCCUCAGUCUCCCAAGUACUGGGAUUACAGAAACAUGAUUCCAGUGACAGAAUUCCGGCAGUUCUCUGAGCAGCAGCCUGCCUUCCGGGUGCUGAAGCCAUGGUGGGAUGUGUUUACGGAUUACCUCUCCGUGGCCAUGUUGAUGAUCGGUGUGUUCGGAUGCACCUUGCAGGUCAUGCAAGACAAAAUAAUCUGCCUUCCAAAAAGAGUGCAGCCUGCUCAGAACCACUCAUCUGUGUCGAAUGUCUCUCAAGCAGUUACCAGUACCACCCCACUGCCUCCACCCAAGCCAUCUCCUACCAACCCUGCCACUGUGGAAAUGAAAGGGCUGAAGACAGACCUGGAUCUUCAGCAGUACAGUUUCAUAAACCAGAUGUGUUAUGAGCGAGCCCUGCAUUGGUAUGCCAAGUAUUUCCCCUACCUUGUGCUCAUCCAUACUCUGGUCUUCAUGCUCUGCAGUAACUUUUGGUUCAAAUUCCCUGGAUCCAGCUCCAAAAUAGAACAUUUCAUCUCCAUCUUGGGAAAGUGUUUUGACUCUCCCUGGACCACACGAGCUUUAUCUGAAGUAUCUGGGGAGGACUCAGAAGAAAAAGACAACAGGAAGAACAAUAUGAACAGGUCCAACACCACCCAGUCUGGUCCAGAGGGCAGCCUGGUCAACUCUCAGUCUCUAAAGUCAAUUCCUGAGAAAUUUGUGGUUGACAAAUCUACAGCAGGGGCUCUGGAUAAAAAGGAAGGCGAGCAAGCAAAGGCCUUAUUUGAGAAAGUAAAGAAGUUUAGGCUGCAUGUAGAAGAAGGUGAUAUACUCUAUGCUAUGUAUGUUCGCCAGACUGUACUCAAAGUUAUCAAAUUCCUCAUCAUCAUUGCAUAUAAUAGUGCUCUGGUUUCCAAAGUCCAGUUUACAGUGGAUUGUAAUGUUGACAUUCAGGACAUGACUGGAUAUAAAAACUUUUCUUGCAAUCAUACCAUGGCACACUUGUUCUCAAAACUCUCCUUUUGCUACUUGUGCUUUGUAAGUAUCUAUGGAUUGACAUGCCUUUAUACCUUAUACUGGCUAUUCUACCGCUCUCUAAGGGAAUAUUCUUUUGAGUAUGUCCGGCAGGAGACUGGAAUUGAUGAUAUUCCAGAUGUGAAAAAUGACUUUGCUUUUAUGCUUCAUAUGAUCGAUCAGUAUGAUCCUCUUUAUUCCAAGAGAUUUGCAGUGUUCUUAUCUGAAGUCAGUGAAAACAAAUUAAAGCAGCUAAACUUAAAUAAUGAGUGGACUCCUGAUAAGCUGAGGCAGAAACUGCAGACAAAUGCCCAUAAUCGACUGGAAUUGCCUCUUAUCAUGCUCUCUGGCCUUCCAGACACUGUUUUUGAAAUCACAGAGUUGCAAUCUCUAAAACUUGAAAUUAUUAAGAAUGUAAUGAUACCGGCCACCAUUGCUCAGCUAGACAAUCUCCAGGAACUUUCUUUACACCAGUGCUCUGUCAAAAUCCAUAGUGCAGCUCUCUCCUUCCUCAAGGAAAACCUCAAAGUUCUGAGUGUCAAGUUUGAUGACAUGAGGGAGCUGCCUCCCUGGAUGUAUGGGCUGCGGAAUCUGGAAGAGCUCUACCUUGUUGGCUCUCUAAGUCACGAUAUUUCAAAAAAUGUCACUCUUGAGUCUCUGAGAGAUCUCAAAAGCCUUAAAAUUCUCUCUAUCAAAAGCAACGUUUCCAAAAUCCCUCAGGCAGUGGUGGAUGUCGCCAGCCAUCUCCAGAAGAUGUGCAUACACAAUGAUGGCACUAAGCUGGUCAUGAUCAACAACUUAAAGAAGAUGACCAAUCUGACAGAGCUAGAACUGGUCCACUGUGACCUGGAACGCAUUCCUCAUGCAGUGUUCAGCUUGCUCAGCCUCCAGGAACUGGAUCUGAAAGAAAACAACCUUAAAUCUAUAGAAGAAAUUGUGAGCUUCCAGCACUUGAGGAAGUUGACAGUACUAAAACUGUGGCAUAACAGCAUCACCUACAUCCCAGAGCAUAUAAAGAAACUUACCAGUCUGGAAAGACUGUCCUUUAGUCACAAUAAAAUAGAGGUGCUGCCUUCCCACCUCUUCCUAUGCAACAAAAUCCGAUACUUGGACUUAUCCUACAAUGAUAUCCGAUUCAUCCCACCUGAAGUUGGAGUUCUACAAAGUUUACAGUAUUUUUCCAUCACUUGUAACAAAGUGGAAAGCCUUCCAGAUGAACUCUACUUUUGCAAGAAACUUAAGACUCUGAAGAUUGGGAAAAAUAGUCUAUCAGUACUCUCACCAAAAAUUGGAAAUUUACUAUUUCUUUCCUAUUUGGAUGUCAAAGGGAAUCACUUUGAAAUCCUCCCUCCUGAACUGGGCGACUGCCGGGCUUUGAAGCGAGCCGGUUUAGUUGUAGAAGACACUCUCUUUGAAACUUUGCCCUCUGAUGUCCGGGAGCAAAUGAAAGCAGAAUAACUUAACUUUUCAUCAAAGUGUGACUGAAACACACUUCUACCAAAUACAAUAUAAAUAAUUAGGUAGUCUUAAUGCCUUUUUUUUUUCUUUUUCACACAAAAUGUACACACUGAGUGAGGAGUAUGUAUUUUUAAUAAAAAUUUAAUUGUAUUUUUCAAUAUUAAUAUUUUAAAGGGUUUUUUUUGUCUUGAAACCUAAUGGUGUUAUUGUUUUCUACUUAUAGAAACAGAUGGUUCUAUCUAUGUUUUGGUUUUGUUUUGUGUUUUUCAGUUCACUGUUAUGAAAGGGAGGGAAUUAUAAGUUGCAUGCAUUUGGCACAUUGUAAAUGGAUGAAGGUAUUUUUUGCCAAGGUCAUUUCUAGAUUGUUCACACCUGUACAUGGUCCUUACUUUUGUUUUCAUCAUGUGUGCACCACGGAAUCUGUGCUAAUUAUUUUAAUAUCAGUUGUCUUCUUUGCCUGAGUCUUUUUUUCUACAGGAAAUUUUUCUCUAGAGCACAAAUUCACAUAAGUGCAUUGUCACAGAGUAUUAUUUUAAUGUUUUCCACCUUUUUCCAAUAGAACCCUAAAUUGCAAAAUUUCAUAUACCAAACAGUUGUAAUUAUCCUUAGGCAAGGAGCUUUUAAGUGGGUGAAGAAAGUGAUCUUAGGUGGUUUGAUCUUAGGCAUGUUUGAAUUGGCCAUUUAUAAUUUAGCUGAUUUGCAUUUUUACCAACAUUUUUAAAAAUAUCACUUAUAAACUAAAUACAGAAGUUCCUUUUCUUUAAUUUCAAUACUGCUAUGUAGCACUAGUGAGCAACCUUAGAGAAAUUAGAUUUAUUUUAGUAUGCUAGUAGGUAAUUAAAUUUAAAAAGCAUAGAAUUAGAAGUCUGUUUUCUGAGUAAUUUAAUCAUCUUUGAUAUCCUGAUAUGUGGAUGCAUCAGAUGGAAAAAAUUUCACUACUAAAGUGCUCUGUUACAGCUGGUGUAUUCAGGCCCUAUCCCUUCCUCAGGGCAUGGCAGUAGAAAUCUAUUCAAAUUCUGCCUGUUACAUGGAAUAAUCCACUUUUAUAUAUAGCGAUCAAUUGCCCAGAAGCUCUCUCUUGCUGUGAUGCAAGCAUGGAAACUCUACUCUCUGACUAUGUAUCUCAUCUAAAAUGGUUCUGUUACUUUCUUAAAAGUACAAAAAACCUGCUAAAUGGUGUCACUGAGCAAUAAUUUUUACCUGAUGAUCAGCAAGAGCUUUUAUUUACCUUUUGUAUUUAAAAAUCCAACACAGUAUGAUAGUUGAACUAAAUAUGUCACUGACUGACCUAAGAAAGUUUUGUAAUGUAACAGUAAAAAAUAGUAAGAUGAUUUGGGGUCAAAAUGCCGUUUUAAAGAAUUGCUUUUGGGGGCUGUGUAUGUAGCUCAGUGGUAGAGUGCUUGCCCAGCAUGCUGGAGGCCCUAGGAUUAAUUCCCUAAUAUGAGAGAAAUAAAAAGUGUUUCUUGAUCCUGGUUAAUUUGCAUAAUGCUACUUGGAGUUGUACAGAGAAGGCAGCAAUGGGAACUGAUUGGCAGAUACAUGUGCUAUGUUAAAGUUAUAGAAUGAUGAUUUUAUAUAGCUGACUUAAAUAGAAGUGGUGUUGAAAUUAUAGUAAUUUUAAAUAGUAACUUGGUUAUAAUUCUCAUAUGAUAAAAAUGUUCAAUUCUACAAUAUUGGAAUCCUGAGCAUGAAGUGUUGUAUUUAGAAACAGGCCUGCUGCUUUAAAACAGUUUGUUGGCAGAUUGUCUAUGGUGGUGCAUGACUAAAAUACUGUACUGAAAAGUAAGCUUGGAUAAGUGAGAGACAACACUGAGUGUACUGCUUUUUUCUGGACUAAAAUUUAUAAUUAUUUUAUAUGUCACCCUUUAAAAAGGGAUUUGUUCAGGUUAAAAAUCAUAUUUACACUGAAAUUUUUACUUGGUAUUAACUAAUAAUCUCAUCUGAGUACAAAACUGAACUAGGUCACUGAAAAUUCUUUUAUCACUUGCUCAAAAUUCCAAAAGAAUUUGUUUUCUUAAUGAUUUUGCAAGCUGACCCCCAACUGAAGUUGUAAAUAACAUCAAUAUAUGACUUUAUGUUUUAACUAAGAAGAUCUUUCUAAUAAGUUUUAUAACAAUUCAAAAGUCUCAAACUUAAUUUUGAAUCUAAAUUUUUUGACUAGCCCUGUUUAAUUUUGUAAUUUUCGUUCACAUUCUUAAGUAAAAGGCAUCCAACUACUAUUUAGCCUUUCAAUGGGAAUCUCAGGUAAAUGAACUGCUGACUUUUCUAAAGUUCUUUCAUUGAUCAACUCAGUGUAUAAGGGAUAGUUACUUAGUCACUUUCUGUGUUCUACAAGUGCUCUUGCUAAAAAGGAACAACUAACUUCUACAGCCUCUAUAGGAUUCAUGAGAAAUUGCAUAUAAAAACACCAUAUGUAUCCUUCACUCCAUUGACUGCUUGAAUUUCAUGAGAGAUAAGCUUUUUGGUCAGUUUUAAUGGUGAAAUACAGGACAAACAAUUGUUUGGUGAUGAUCUGGUCGAAAGGGGAUGUAUAAAUGCAUUCCAAUGAAACCUGCCUAAGAGAACCACACCUCAGAACCCUAUUACAUUUUCUUGUUGUGGGUUAAGUUGGGUUGGAUUUGGUUUUGGUUUUUUUUGUUGUUGUUGUUUUUUUGUUUUUGUCUUUUUCAUUUUUAUCGGUACUGGGGAUCGAACUCACGACCGCCUGCUUGCAAGACAGGUGUUUAUGCCGCUGAGCUAAAUCCCCAGCCCCGGAUUUGGUUUUUAACACAGUAUUUUUAACACCAAGCUUCUUGAUACAAUGAAAUCUGUUAUUUACGAUUUGUAGGCUUUUCCUACUGUUUGCCCAUUUCUUUCCCUGCCCUUGUUUUCCAGCUAUUUUAAUGUGCUAUCACAAUUUACACAGCAACUUGAGCAUCAGGUUUUGUCUGCUGCAAACAUUUUGUUCAUUUAGAGAAGACUCGUGACCUAGCUCUCAACCCUUUGUGUGGAGGGAGCUAAAGAACCUGAAAUCUCCCUUGAGUACCUUGGGAUAAGGGAAUUUCAAAUUCAGUAUGGACAAGAUGUUAAUUUAUGAUUUCUGGUUUUAAGAAAAACAUAAUCUUUGCUUCAUUAACAUUUCCUUCAAAAGGAAAUUUGCUGCUUUUUAAAAAUUUUUCUACUGUAAGAAAAGUCCAUUCUUUCAGGAGAUUAUUUCUAAGUUCCUACCAAAUACCUGAUCAACAGUAAUGACAUGUGAAUAUUCAUGACCCAUCACCAUGAAAGCUGUCCACAGUACUUCGUAGUACUUAGUACUUAGUAGUGAGCCGGUAGGAUAAAUGUCAAUAUAAUUCAGUUUGUUUUAAGAGAGCAAACUAAGAUUCAAUUAAUUUACCUAUAAACACUGAAUGUGUAGUGCUUUUCAAAGAUUUCACAUUUGGAGUUAGAGCUUCAUAACUUGGGACAGGGUUCUCUACUAAUCUCAAAUAGUAAAACAAUAUGUAUAAAGAAUUUUCUCAUAAUUUUUUUUUUUAAUCACUGGGGAUUGGACCAAGGGCUUUUGCAACUAAGCUGCAUCUCAGCCUCUUUUUCUUUUUCUAUUUCUUUUUUUUUUUUUUUCUUUUGACAUAGUGUCUCACUAAAUUUCUGACUUGCCCAGGCUAAUCUCAAACAUUGUAUCCUAUUGCCUCAGCCUCCCAAAGUGCUAUGAUUACAAGCAUGUGCCACCAAACUUAACUUCCUCUUUUCUUCUCUAUUUGGAAACAUGGUAAGAAAGCUUGAACAGUCUCAGCCAGAAUCAGAUUCAAACCCAGUGUUAUGCUUCUAAUAGUUUUAUGCCAGCCUUCCAAACUAGUGCACACUACUGUUCCAGUGGUAUUCACUGGUAAUAUGGCAUCUUUGCUUUUACUUGGGAGAGGUAGAGAAGAAUCUCCUCCUGUCUCAACCAGAAGUUCUUGAUGGGAGAUGUAACUUUGAACAACUCAAUUUCGUGGCUAUGUCAAAGAACACUUCCUAUGCAUGAUUUUUAGUCUGGUAUAAACUUCUUCUAAGUACCUCUCCCUCUACCACCUUACUCUGCUUUUUAUUGGGGUUGACACUCAUGCCUUAUAUGCUCACUCAGUUUUCCUUUUGCCACUUGUUUACUCACUGUAUGAGUUAGGAUUGUGUCAAAUGCUAACAAAACCUCUAAGAUUGUCAAGAAAAGACUUGAAAGUUGAUUUGUCAUCAUGUAUUCUCAUGAUAAAAUGUCUUAAUGUUAUUUGGCUAUGUAGUACAUAGAAACAGAAAACAACAAAUAAAGUCAUUUUUUACAACUUAA